AUGGAGUUUCAUCCAGCAGAAAUUCCUUCGAACAUUCUAAAUCAUACCACAAACAACGCCCAAAACGCAACGGAAACAAUCCUGCUGGUCCUGCCGUCAUUUUUCUACAUGAUCAUAGCAGUCCUGCUGUCCACCCUUUUGUUACCGCUACAAAGUAAAACCUCCAUAUUCUUUGCAGAAUUUGUUGUAAUAGUAAUACCUAUCAUAUUAAACGUCACCAUACUAUCACCUUAUGUAACAAACGUCGUCAUUAUAUCGUGUUUCAUAUUGGGCAUGCACUUGAUUAUUUCUUUGGUUUAUAUUUAUUGUAAAAGAAAAAAGAGCAUUAAAGCUCCAAAGAGUAUAACGUCAAAUAAAAAGGAUUAUAUUACUAAUGUCCGUGCCACAAUUAAUUUGAUUUCUGUGAUAGCGAUUUUGGCUGUCGAUUUUAAAGUGUUUCCUAGUAAAUAUUCAAAAACACAUUUGACUGGUUUCAGUCUUAUGGAUGUAGGUGUUGGGUUGUACGUAUUUGCCAAUGCAAUUGUAGCACCCGAAGUUAAAGGUAAAAAAGAUUCCAUACAAAAUUCAAUAAGAGGUUCAGCAAUACUAAUAAUAAUAGGCUUAUUGAGGCUAGUUUCAACUAAACUGACUCACUACAAAGUGUCUAGCUCUGAAUAUGGUGUCCAUUGGAAUUUUUUUAUAACUUUAGCUUUUACAAAAAUUUUCUCUUCAUGUAUACUCAAUGUUAUCAACGUAAAAUAUAUUUUUUUAAAUGCCUCAAUGCUAACAUUUGCUCAUGAAACUUUAUUGCAAAUGUCAUUUAAACAAUGGGUGUUUCAGUCAGAUAUUAGAAAUAAUUUUUUAGAUGCCAAUAAGGAAGGUAUAGUUUCAACUAUAGGAUAUGUAGCUUUGUAUUUGCAUUCAGUUUAUUUUGCUUAUGUUAUCAAGCAACAAGAGAAAAACUAUAGAAAAGCCAGCGUUAAAUUUUUCUUGAGUACUGCAAUAACAUUGACUCUGACUUUUUUUUGUAAUCAACAUUUCCAAGUGUCCAGACGUCUGGCGAACGCCGGUUACAUUUUCUGGAUACUCUUUAUAGGCAUUUUGAUGACUUGGUUGUUUUACUUGGCCGAAAACGCCGAAAAAUAUUUGUUCCGGCACAAAUUGCGGCAUUACGUUUGUUCGCCCUAUCUUUACGAGGCAGUCAACUACAACGGGCUGGUUUUUUUUCUAGUAGGGAACGUACUAACUGGGUUUGUUAAUUUAUCGACAAAUACCAAACUUGUGAGUAACGCUAAUGCUUUGUUGAUACUUGUUGUGUAUAUGCUGAUUAAUUGUGGUGUAGUGUUUGGGCUGUAUUUGAAAGAGUGGAAGUUGAAGUUUUGA